CAUGAAAUGGAGAACGUUAAAUUACCAAUUGAAAAUGCUCAUGAACCGACUGAAGGAGCUCAUCAACCAGUGUGCGUUAGCCGUAGCACCAUGAGGUCCCAAGAGGAGGCAAAAAAACCGAAAAAGCGGCAUGCAACGUUUGCAGAUAACACGAUGACUGAAAAAGAGCUUUCACAAACAAGCAGCUCCUACAAAGAAGCUCUGAGUCAGCCCGCGCCAGGACUCUCCCACUCCCAACGUCUGGCGUGGCUGCAGAAGCGACGCGGCCCCGGUUUAUGGGUGCAAUGCGACGCGUGUAACUCCUGGCGUCAUCUGCCGCAUGUUGUUGACUCCCAUCAGCUGCCGGCUAAGUGGUAUUGCUCUAUGAAUCCAGAUAAAUCUUUAACAGAUUGCUCCACCCCGGAAACUCCCCUGCGUAUAUCCGACGAAGAAGACCUGAUCCACAGCGAGUACUCGGCCGGCUCGCUGGUGUGGGCGCGGCUGCCCGGCUGGCCGUGGUGGCCCGCCAUGGUGGACGACGACCCUGAUACUGAGCAGUUCUACUGGCUCGACGGCUUCUCGGAUAUACCGACACAUUACAACGUCGUGUUCUUCGACGAGAGAGGCGCCACACGGGCUUGGAUAUCUCCAGAAAAUUUGGAGCCUUACACUCAAAAUAAAAAGAGGUUCCGACACCCUUCAAACUCCAAGCAAUACAAGAAGCGACUAGAACAGUCUAUACAGAAGACUGACAAAGCUGAAAAACUUCCUGUGGCCGAUCGUUUAGCCAAAUUCAGCUUCAUAAAUACAUACAAGGGGCCAAUAGUCAGCCCUAAGAAAGUCACUAAAACAGAGUUGGAGAUGUUCCAAAAGAAGUUGAAGCGGAAGUUCAAUGUUGACUUUCCAAUUGAAGCUAGUUCGGACUCGGAAGACGAGGAAUAUAUUCAAGCGCUUAGGGAAAUAAAUAAAAAGAAGAAUGUUAUCCUGAUUGGCACACCCAGAAGUAAAAAGACUAAAGAAGAUAGUACUUCUAAUAAAGAUAAUGAUAACGCAAUCAUAAAAACUGUUGAACAAAAACGGAAAAAUGACAAUCUGAAGCAUAAUGAAGACGAUAAUAAAACCGGGGAAGACAGCGAACAAAAGCCUCGAACGAAACAAGAUAUUGAAAAGAAGCCUAAAAAGAAAAUUGACUUUAAAAUUCCUAAGAAAGGGUCGGCUAUUGUGAAAAAUAUCACCAAUAUCAGCUUUGCAAGUGCAGCUACUACUAAUUCUGAUGAGCAAUCAUUUAAGAUACCAGAUUCUAUGGCUACUGAAAUUGGCAGCACGCCGAUAUUAACCUUGGGGUCGCAGAUUAAUGGCUUUGAUAAUGAUUCUUCAAAGACUUACGUACCAGAAGAUGAAUCUUCUGAUCCAGUAGUUAUUACUCAGGAUUGCCAGAGUCGCGUGGAUUCUCCAAGCAGUGACGAUUUUGACUUUUAGUACCUAUAGUUUUUCAAGGAAUUCCUUCAAUGUAAUAUUAUCGAUUUAUUAUUGGUUGAUUAUAUAUUGCUUAAAACCCAUAGCUUGCUCUAUGUAGAUUGAUUCUUAAACAUAUUUUAUAUCAUUAAGUUGUACAUAGUUAAACUUCAAGAAUAACUAAUAGUCGGAUAACUAUAUCAUUCUUAAAUGUAAUGUCACGUAAGUAAUGUAUUCUUGGUGGAUUCUAGAGUCUGGCGGAAAGAGAAGAUAUAGGAACCAUUACAUUUCACGACUCUUCUCUUUCCGCACAGACUCUAUACCACUUUAUUGCGUGUUCCAUGAUGCAAAUUUAAGUGUUAAUUUAUUUCUUGAUAAAUAAGAUUUACUUUUUAUCUUUCAGAUAUAUUAAAACUUAAAUUGGCAUCAUAAUAAAAAAAAACUUGGUGAAAUUGUGACUAGCGUUACUUAUUAGUAAAAUGAAACCCAUAACAUAACUAAAUUUGUGAGUGAUCCCUAAUUGCAUCUGCUAGUUUGACCACACUUGACCGGUCUGCUAAUUAUUAUCUUAUUAUUUUUAAACAAUGAUUAUGUACACACCCAUAGUUUUGUACAAUUCAUUAUUACUAGUACUACUAUUACUAGCGAUUACUAUUUGUUUAUUUUUUCCGUGGUGGAUGAUGAAAAACGAUGAUAUGAUGCACGUUAAGUAUUGUUUCUAUAUUUAAAAAUAUUAUUAAGCCUAAUUUUAGAUACCUACGUUGAAAUAUAUUAAAGAUUGUUAUUAAUUCAG